AUGAUCACAACACUCUUCUCAGAACAGGUGACGGCGGUGCCGCUGGUCGCAGCGCUGUUUGUGCUCUACCUGGCACGCACAGUGAUCGCCUGGGCCAAACUGAGACAGUUUACUGGGCCACGCUGGACCGGGGUCAGCAACAUCCCGCACGGCAAGGCCGCACUGUCGGAAAAGUGCCAUGAGUGGUAUGCUAAGGUUAGCAAGGAACACGGUCCCAUUGCGCGAAUCGCGCCUGGCAUCUUAUUGACCUCGUCGCCCGAGGUCUGGGCGCACGUCAACCGACAGGCUGGGUAUAAACGAUCCGAGUGGUACUACAAUGCGUGCCGGGUCGAGUAUCGCCGCGAUAACGUCUUUACCCAAUCUGACAAUGCGAAGCACGAGCAGCGGAGGAAGCAGAUGGCCCCUGGCUACUCAGGGCGAGAGAACCCGGGCCUCGAGGCGUCCAUUGACGAGCGCCUUGAGGACCUGCUGAAACUCGUGAGGACCAAGUACAUUUCGACGCCUGACCGCAUCGUGCCCAUGGAUCUAGCCAAGAAGGUGCAAUUCUUCACGCUCGACGUCAUCAGUGCUGUCGGCUUGGGCAAGACAUUUGGUAUGCUGGCAGCCGACGAAGAUGUGGACUCGUAUCUUCAAUCGAGUGAAGAGGGUCUCGCUGCUGCAAAUGCUGCAUGGGCCCUAGGUGCAUCGUGGCUCGCGCAGUCGCCUGUGCUUGGUCGCUUCAUUGCGCCCUCGCCGCGCGACAACAAUGGAUUUGGCAAGAUGAUGGCAACUUGCUUCCGCUUUGUCGACGAGCGCGUCGCUCGUGGCGACACCGAUAAGCGCUCCGACAUGUUGGCAUCAUUUAUCCGCCACGGUUUGCGCGACGAUGAGCUGAAGUCCGAGGCACUCGAGCAGAUUAUCGCUGGCUCUGACACAACGGCCGGUGCUAUACGCGGCGCGCUGCUACUCGUUAUGACGAACCCACGCGUUUACGCACUGCUGCAGAAGGAGAUUGACGCGGCGGUGCGCGAAGGCCGGGCGCCGGCCGUCGGGAACGGCCUCAUUUCUCAGGCUCAAGCAAAGGAAUUGCCUUUCCUGCAGGCUGUCGUCCGCGAGUCACUGCGCGUGCGAACACCUGUGGCCAACCUGUUCCCGCGCGACGUGCCGGCAGGCGGCGACACCGUUGUCGUCGACGGCGAGAGAAUUGCGCUGCCAGGGGGCGUGUGCAUUGGAUAUUCUGCCUACGCGAUGCACCGCGAUGAGGCCCUCUACGGCGACGACGCCCAGGCUUUCAGGCCAGAGCGCUGGUUUGAGGACGAUAAAGACAAGCUGGCGGCUAUGGUGCGGACGAAUGAUAUGGUCUUUGGCGACGGCAGAUUCACGUGCCUCGGCAAGCCCGUCGCGCAGAUGGAGAUGGCCAAGACCAUUUUUGAGCUGUUGCGGCAUUUCGACGUUGCUCUCAUCGAUCCGAUUAAGCCGUGGAAGACACGCAAUCUCAUCGAUUUUCGUCCCGUUCCGUCAAACCCAGUCAUUUUCCGCUGGGACAUCCUCACGCAGCUAAACCACACUUGGAAUUCUCCUGCCAUGUCGACCAGCCAGGAGGCUUCGGCCGCCUCCCCACCCCCCGGUCCAUCUUACAAGAAAUCCCCCUCACCGAGGUCCCCUCGGUCGCCCAAAUCUCCACGAUCGCCCAGUUCCAACGCUCCAGGAAGCCCAGCGAACCUGGAGCAGGUUAUCGAGCAAGCGAACGAACAGGAGCACUUUACGGCGGAUCAAGUCCCUUUUAAUGAAUCGGAUGUCGACAGUGACGAAGGCAUCGACAAUGAAAGUUUCGUCUCAUCGACGGCCUCGUUGACGAGCAGCAUGCUUGAGUACCGCCAGCUCCAUGGCCGCACGUUCCAGAGCUACAAGUCGACAGAGUACUGGGGCCCCAACGACGAUCGCCAGAAUGACGGUCUUGAUAUAGCCCACCACUUUAUUACGCUGCUUCUCGGCGACAAGCUCUAUGAGGCACCGAUUGACGAGCCCAAACGCGUUCUUGAUGUCGGAACCGGCACCGGCAUCUGGGCCAUUGAUGUUGCCGAUGCUCACCCAGCCGCCGAAGUGACGGGCUUCGAUAUCAGCCCUAUUCAGCCUUCCUGGGUGCCACCCAACUGCAAGUUCCACAUUGAUGACGCCCAGCUCGAGUGGACGUACCCGGCCGCGAGUUUCGACCUGAUCCACAUCCGUGCCCUUUACGGCAGCAUAGGCGACUGGCCUAAGCUCUACGGGGAGGCCUUCAGGGCGCUCGAGCCUGGUGGUUACCUAGAGAACUUUGAAUUCACUAUCAACCUGCGGAGCGAUCUACCUUCGGUGCGCGAUGACCCGAAACACGUCUUCAAGCAGUGGGGUCAAGUUUUCACCGAGGCCAUGGACCGGCUCGGCAAGACGGCCGAGAUUGGUCUCGAUGGGCGCAUGAAGCGCUACAUGGAGCAGGCUGGCUUCGAGGACAUUGUUGUCAAGGACUACCAGCUCCCCUGUGGCGGCUGGAGCAGUGACCCCCGCCUGAAGGAGGUCGGCAUCUACAACCUUGCUUUCCUCGAGGAGAGUCUCGAGGGAUUCGCCCUGUUCCUAUUGAAGGAAAUCAUGGGCUGGGAGUACAUCGAGAUUCAGCUUCUGGUCGCCAAUAUGAGGAAGGCCAUUCGUGAUUUGAAAUUGCGACCUUACUACAUCGUACCUAAUGUUUAUGGUCGGAAACCCUUGACAGCCGAGUAG